GACAAUCGUCACUGCUGUUGGCCCUGAGCGGGAAUCGUAGCGCAGCACGCUACCCGCUACACUACCGCUCCCCCUAUCAGUAUCCCUCAACGGGGAAUGCAAAACAUUUAUUUGGUUUUAGUUCUCCUUUACAGCGUACGGGGGAGGCGCGCAGGAAAUAAAUUGUGCGGUGGGAUUGUUGAUUACGUCGGCUCACACCCAACCUCUCUCUCCGAGCUGAAUUGAGACACUUAUCACGCCGCCAGUUCCUCCUGUGUAUCUCUUUCCUCCUCCUCCUCAGGUUUAAAAUCAAGAGCUUCACACGUUUCUUCAAGAACACGCCAGAGUGCGCGUGUCGAGAAACUUCGCUCGUGAACUUCAGCGAGGCUUUGCCUGCUGCUUGGCCGCCGAUUGGACGAGCCGGCGACGUGUGGGAACUUCCGUGAGAGAGACGUGGCCGUGGGCGAGGACCUCGGAGCGCCGUGAACAGGCACCAUGUCGUACGGAGCAGUCGGGGAGUGCAAUUCCCAGUUCCGUGCGCAACGCCAAGCGAUGUCGGACGCGAAUCAGACCAAAUACAGCAACCUCUCGCAUAACACCAGCAACUGCCUCAAAGAGAUGUCCGCAAAGGUCGCGGAGUUCGAUCGGCACCUGGGCAAUCGGAGUUUGGACUUGAACGAGCGGCCUCUGCGAAUCAAUAUCAUCGGCAUCCAGAGACAGAUCAAGGCCCUGGUCUUGAAUGCGCUAUCGUUCCUCUGCGCGCUCACGGAUCUGGGCAGCCAAUACAGUGAGGAUCAGCUGAUGCGGCUGAAUCGCAUGAGGGAUGAGUUUCUCGAAAUGGUGCAGGGCUACGAGCAGACGCAGCAGAAAUUGUAUCAGAAACUCGACAAGAUCUUCGGCGCCUUGGUCGACUUCGCGGAUCAAGAGGUUGGAGAUGAGACCGAUGCCCAUUGCGUGAGACCACACGUUACAAGAGAGGAGCAGGAAUUGAGAAAGAGAAAAAAUAUGGCAAAUGAAGCCAUUCAGCAACAGACGGAAGUCAUGAUCGAUGCCAAUGAAAUCCAAACCAGACUGAAUGAAGCAUUCAAAGAAAUGAACCGCGCCAUCGAUUCCGCCCAGAGUCGAUCACAAUGGAGAGAGAUCAACCAACCUCGCCCCCUCCCCAGAAAUUACGACUAUGAAAAUGCGAACGAAGGGAACGCAAACGACGCUCCGCUGCUCGGCUCCAGGUCUCCACCGUUAUGGACGACCAGGUGCUGCUGCGUGACAAUCGUCAUCACGUGCUUGCUCGUGAUCUGUCUCAUCGUGGGACUGCUGGUGUGGUGCUCUCUGGCGAGAACUCCUUCGGCACUCCAGCCAAUCACGGGGCCAAAUCAAGGCACCGAGGGCACAGGAUUCUUGCCAAUAAUAAGGCAAUGAAACGUGACGACGGGCAAACGACGCUCCGCAUUUUUUUUUUAUAGAACGAAGGUGUAGCAGAGACAAAUGCAGUUACACUCGUCGCACACGGUUUAGAGGAUUCGGCUGCUAUGAAUGUCCACGUGAUAAGACACUUCGUUGAGCUGUCAUUUUGUGGCCAGGCCCCUUAUGAAAAAGAGCUGUAUAGCUCAGUGGGUCUUACCAGGUAAAAUAAAAAAAAAUGUUUUAGUUGAGUAGUUUAGAAUUCGGCUACACAACGGUGAUAGCUGAGCGUCAGGCGGGCAUUGCUGGGUUCGUGGAACCAAAACUGGGUUUCGGUUGUCUUUGAUUAGACCAGACUAGCAGAUGCAGCGCGUUGAUGGCAUCAGCCCAGUCAAAUAAGGGGCCGUCCAUAAAUGACGUCACGCACC